AUGGUGGACCGUGUGGAAUGCUCGGGCGUUUAUAUUGACGAUCGGGUUCGGUCGGAGCGAUGGGUGCGCCGCAACUCCAUCGCAACUUCGACCGUGUCUGAAGCCUCGUCCUUUAAUGUGCCCGAAGAACCCGAGGCCUUACAGGCCGAUGUAGAACAACUAUUAGAUGUCUGCAAGAAGAUCUACCUUUGCCAGAGCGGAUCCUCCUUUGCGACGAAAUUGGCUGAACUCAGCGACCGUUCAGGCAGCGAUUGCACCCCGAUAUUCGCUUUCUUUGGUAUCGACUUUGGCGGCGACGAAUUAAAUCUUGCCCGAAGAAAGGCCAGUCGGGCCUCGUGGAUGGAUAAUGGGCCCCCAUCACCCGGUUCAAUUCAACGUACCUUUACCUUUUCCUCCCACAACGACGAGGCCGCGGGCCUAGGACUACUCUCCGGUGUUUCCAACGAUAUCCAAGUCCAGGACGGUCCCAAUUUGGUCGUCCCAGUCGCCAUCCUUCGAGAUUCGACCUCAGAGCCGGAAGCCCCAUCAGACCCGACGAGUGAACCCCAACCGCGAAACCCUGUAACAUUGGAACACAAGCAGAUCGCUCGGUGCCUUGAUGCCGGUGCUAUCGACGUCCUCACCACCCCGCUCGACCGGUCUCGGAUUCAAGGCUUGGUAGUACAUGCUUAUCGUACCCGUCGCGCAGCACAGAAGGACAUGUCGCGAUUUUUGGCCCGAAAGAAAUUACGCAAGUUGUCUUGGGUAGGUGUACAUGAUGAGGAGCCUUAUUCAUACCUGCGAGAGGCCAUGGUGGCGAAAUUGAUGAAGGGAAUCUGUAACCCCGAGGAGAUUGUCGAUGAAUUCCAGGAACGAGAUCUCAUUAUCAAGCCGGAGAGAGCAAUUUUCAUCAAGGAGCAAAUAGGCCAGUGGAACUUCUCCGCCCAUGACUUUUCUGAAGAUGAAUUGGUUUAUGCGGCGUGCAAAAUGCUCCAACAUGCCUUUAAACUCCCCGGAUUGGAGCAGUGGUACUUGACACCGGGUGAACUUCAGACUUUCUUACUAGCAUGCCGUGCAGCCUACAACUCCUUUGUUCUCUAUCACAAUUUCCGCCACGCCAUUGAUGUGUUACAAUCGGUCUUUAAUUUCCUGCUUCAGAUCGGGGCUUUACCUCCCUACGGAUCUACUGGUCCGCCUGUUGAAGACAAAUCUCCGAUUGCCACGUUACUCUCUCCUUUCGAUUCUCUCACUCUACUCAUCUCCGCUAUUGGACACGACGUCGGCCACCCAGGUGUCAACAACUUUUUCCUUGUCAAACUUAACGCUCCUUUGGCACAACUAUACAACGAUAACUCCGUUCUCGAAGCAUUCCAUUGCGCAGCUUUCUCCCAAAUUCUUCGUCGUCACUGGCCCGCUGCUUUCAAGGAUAAGCAGCUCCGAAAGUUGCUCAUCAGCUCCAUUCUGGCGACUGACAUGGGUGUUCACCAAAAGUUUAUGCAGCGAAUGGGCUCGCUACAGGAGAAAUACUAUGAGAGUGGCAAGUCCGUCGAUCUCUGGAAACUUCAGGACGUUGAGAUGUAUAAGACUCUGGUUUGUGGUCUCUUGAUCAAAUGUGCCGAUAUCAGUAACGUCGCCCGACCCUGGCGUGUCGCUGAGAAAUGGACUCAGAUUCUGCAGGAGGAAUUCGCCAACCAAGGCGAGAUGGAGAAGGAAGUCGGCAUGGAGACUGCCUUGUUUGGUGGGCCGCCGGAGUUGGGCAACAUCUAUAAGCUCGCCACAGGUCAGAUUGGCUUCAUGUCAAUCUUCGCGCUCCCACUUUUCGAGGGCGUCUCCGACCUUUUGCCGCAACUGCAAUUCACUGCGGAUCAUAUUCGCGGCAACCAAGCCCAGUGGCAGGAGUUUGCCAAUGCUGAGCUGCAGCAGCGGGGUCUAUCGGUUGAUGGUCCUGUCUCAGCGGCGGUCUCUCCUCGCUCCACAAGCCCCGUCCGACCAACCAACUCCAACGAUACCGUAAGGGCCUUGGCAGAAUCAGAUGAAAGUCGAGAGGAUCCUCCGUCGGGAUCUUCAGAGGAGACGGUGUCGCAAGAAGCUUACAACGAGAACACCAUCGAGCCAGUUGUUUCUCCUGAUACUCCCGGCCCGCAGAUUGAGAUCACUGGAACUCCGAUGGCCCUUGACAUGUCGUCUCGAAAAUCCUCCAAUGCCAUGCCGGAUUACUCGUACUUCUCUCGCCCUGUCGCAGCGGCUCAAUCACAUCGGGCUUCCAUUGGAGCCACUUAUCAGCCUCCCGUUGCAGACACGAGUGAUGCUUCAACAGAUCCUGCGGUUCUAGCUGCCGUCUAUUACGCCAACUCGCUGUCCAAUCCCGGUACUGUUUCGCUACCCACCACCGAGCGUGACAACGUAGCCGAAUCGGGUACCGAGCGACCCAGCAGUUCCCGCCAAGGCCCUUCAAGCUCCCAGCACCACGCCCACCACAGUUCCUCUGUUCGCACCUCUGGGCCGUCUAGCUCCAACCGCAAUAGCUGUACACGUACCCAAAGCAUCAGUGCCUACAGCAACAAUAUGACUCCUAUCUCCCCCGCAACCAACGCUACUAGCUUUUUAGCAGUGGACAGUGGCGACGAGAGCAAGCAGCGCAUCUCAGAUGAUAGUGCUCCCCAAAGCGAUGCUGGUGGUCCAGAUGAUAGCAGCACCCGGCCUAGCACGUCGUAUGCUUCAAACGUGGAAGACCUUGAACACAGCAAUUAUAGCCCCGGUCAUAGCUCUGGGAUCGCCCGAUCGGAGGAUGGCAAGGAUUACCAUGCUGCUCUUAAUGGUACUCCGAGCCAUACACAGUCUACUACGACCGGCGAAAGUAUCAAGAACGAGCAAUAUGCUCAAGGAAACGGUGGCGAGCGGAAUGGCAAUGGGGCGCGCCGGCUUCCGAAGAAACGCAGUCGACUACGUCUUGCAUUCUGGAAACGCCGCAAUCACCAUCAACAGGAAGUCCACGGCGAAAGCUAA